AGACUGCGUCGUGGUAUGCACGGGACUUUUUGCUCCGUAGGGUUGCCCACUCCAGGUGGGCUCCGCUGUUGUGUUGGUAGCCGUGCCAUUGCUUGCGGCUCUAGUACGCGAGUGACAUCCAGUUCUCAGGUAUGUGCGCUCCUGCCGGCUGGCUUGCUGCGGACCGUCGCUGCCGCUGCCACUUCCACGGUCGCCGGACGGCCACCAGAUGGACUCGAGAACAGCGUCGCGAUCAGUUCGCUCCAUACUGACACAGGUGUGUGUGGCAGCGCUAGUCAACCUCGGAUCCGUCUCCCCGGGCAUGAACCUCGGUUACUCAGCAAUAGCUCUGCCCGCCAUGCAGUCCGGGAACCGCUCGGCCACACUCAGCCAGGACGAGGCUUCGUGGAUAGCCUGGCCUCCAUAGGCACGCCAAUUGGCUGCCUGGUGUCGGGACCCCUUCUGGACCGCUGGGGCCGCCGCGCGGCGCUGCUGUCGCUGAACGCGCCGGGCCUGGCCGGAUGGAUGCUCAUCGCCACUGCGCAGGUCCAGAGCGGGUUCCUGUGGCAGUUGUACGCAGGCAGACUGCUCACAGGGGUCAGCACGGGAAUGGCCAGCGUGCCGGCCACGCAACUGGCAGUGGGAGCGGUUGCAAACCUGGGGACCAUUGCAUCAGGAAUGACUCUCGGGUUCUCCGCCGUGGCGCUACCUGUCAUGCAGGCGGAAGACCACACUCCAUAUAUAUCUGAUGAACAAGCAUCAUGGAUAGCAUCUCUAGUGUCCCUCGGAAUGCCGGCGGGCUGUCUGCUCAUGAGCCCACUGCUAGACAGACUGGGGCGCAGGCGUUCCAUGAUGCUUGUCAACGCGCCCGCAGUGCUGGGCUGGUUUCUCAUCGCCACGGCCUCUCACAGCGAGCCCUGGUUCCUAUAUCAAGUGUACGCGGGUCGACUCCUCACAGGUUUCGCUACGGGGCUCGUCAGCACCCCGGCAGUUGUUUACGUGGGCGAGGUCUUGCAUAAGAAAUGGAGGGCCGUUGUGGUCACGUGGCCGUCGUUUGGCAUUUCUCUCGGUAUCGUGGCAGUCUACACACUAGGAGCACUCUUCCAGGAUAACUGGCGCCUGGUGGCAGGCGUCUGUUGCUUCCUCCCGGCAGUCUCCAUCGCUGCGGUAUGGGCGAUGUUGCCAGAGAGCCCAGUGUGGCUUCUAUCGCGGGGCAGGGCUCAGGAAGCAGAAGCCUCCCUUAGGUACAUCAGAAGUGUGCCUACGGAAGACCCACUCCCAGAUAAUUUGCAGCAGGAGCUGGACGACAUGAUGCACAGCAGCGGACGACUGGACAAAACCAACAGCUGGAAGGACAUACUCGGCUUCCUCAGAAAACCUGAGGCUUACAAGCCGCUUCUUAUCUUCAAUGCUUUCUUCUUUUUCCAGCAGUUCUCUGGAAUAUUUGUAGUGAUAAUGUAUGCAGUGACUAUUGUCAGAGAGAUCGGCGUGCAUGUUGACGGUUACCUUGUAACGGUACUUAUUGGCAUAUCAAGGUUGGUCAUGAGCGUUGUGAUCAGCUGCGCGUCCAAACGGUGUGGCCGUCGGCUGCUGUGUAACAUAUCCGGAGUGGGAAUGACGCUGUCCUCAGGCGUGCUGGCCGGGUUCCUCAGUCUAAUGCACGAUGGGUACAUCAGCCAUGAAGCAGCUGUAGCAUACGGGUGGAUCCCCAUCACUGCGCUCCUGCUCUCUGUCUUGACUGGUAAUUUGGGCUUCCUGACACUCCCUUUUGCUAUGCUUGGGGAAGUCUUUCCUGCUAAGAUAAGGGGCUGGGCAUGUGGGGUAACAACCUUCAUAGCGACUCUCUAUUCCUUCCUGGCCAUCAAACUGUUUCCGGACAUGAGGCACUGGAUGGGAUAUCACAACGUGUUCACUCUGUACACUGCAGUGGUUGCCAUAGGAACCGUCACUAUGUACUUCUUUCUACCUGAGACGCAUGGAAAGAGUCUGCAAGAGAUCGAGGAGUUCUUCAGGAGCCGACGGAAGGCGGCGGAUGGAGAUAAGGCAGCCAAGAAACUGAUGGCUGUGUCUGAAGGGUUGCCGUUCUCCAGGAGCAACAGGGUGGCUGCAGGUGGGGACAAGACAGCCGCGUGCCUGUUGCCUGGGCCAGAAUAGUUGAAGUUGUUCAGGGCCAUUAGCUGGUCCUUCUUCAGGAACAACUGGGCGGCAGUUGAUGGAGACAAGGCAACUGAGAAAGUGAACUUAGGGUCUCAGAACACAGAGACCGUCGUGAUGGGACCGAGAUUUGUGGCUGGUACGGAAUGCUUGCAACAUUGCUACGCGGGGUGUCUGUGCCAGAGUGCAGCUGCACUCUACUCCAGUCCUUUCCUGCGAAGCCAAAUCAGAAUAUUUCAGAGCUCCAGACUUCGGCCAACGUCUCUACCUUUGAAGGUUGCAGUUCGGUUUGGGUUCAGAAACUGAUAGCAUCCCGCCCACUUUCAAAACACGGCACAUGUAGAAGUGCAAAAGGAACAUAUUCAUUGGCUGGGUUUCAGGUAGUUUGGUGUAAAUUCACUGACGUUUCGGAGGUCGGACUGCUUGCAUCAUCAGGCUCCGUUUGUUGCUUGUUUCUUAUUCGUUGCCUGCUUUGCUUAAUCUUCUACCCUGAUGAUGGGAGCAGUGUUUUUGUCGGAGACAUCAGUAUGCUUGGUGUACAUUCCAGUCGCUUUGUAUGUAGCCUUAUGCAGUGCCGAAACAGCUGAAAUUGAAGGGCUCAGAAGCCCUUAUGCCUUGAGCAAACUGUCUACGGUAUCUGCGAUGUUGCAUCGAAGGGGUCAAGUCCACUGUUUUCGGUGUCUGAAAUACACGUAUAUCUGAGCUUGUGUCACCAUGUGACAGUGACCUAAACCAGUACAUCAUCCGUAGAAAUGUUCUAAACCGACGAGUAUUUGUAACACGCGAUGGGAACCAAAACCGCCAUACUGGAGAGCAUGUUGAAGACACGGGGCGUUUCUUCCGUAAGAUUUGCCUAUUCAAGGCGACACUCUUCGGCUGGACGUCACGACAAAAAGAAUGGUAUGUGUUUAUACAGCAGUGCACAGGUAUUCCUCGAAUUGUGGGAUAGUUUGUGCAGACGGUAAAUCACAUAAAUCGAACAUAAUUUUCUCCUCCGUAAACACAGAAUUAUCGACCCCCUCCCCUUUCAGCAACCAACUCGCAUUGAAGCGACCCCUGUUAACUGAAGUCGCCCUGAAUUAGUUUGUCGCUUUAAAUGGAAUGAACAUAACACGAGAGACAGCCGUCCUUAAUUAGCUGCUUUCCUUACGUAUAUUUCUGUACUUAACUACCAGUUUCGGAAAUUACAUCUGUUUCCAUCCUCUGGUGGGGUUCGUUAGGGAGAAGUGAUGUCUUCGGUCGGCUACUGGCAGGGUCACUUCGAGCGGGCUGCUUGCCCUGCGCUCCUGUCCGCCCGUCCGUGGCACAGAGCAUUCUCUUGGUGCGCACUGUGCGGACGCGAUCUGAUCUUGCCUUGCAAGCCAAGCAGUGUGGUCCACCCUGCUCCCAACAGCUCAUAAUUCAACAAUAUUUAACGCUUCAUAGCACAGCGGUAACUAUAUAUACCACCUACGUUAUCCCACGAAAUGUAUUCAUGUGUUCUGUAUGACUGUGACAUUAAACGAAGAAUUUAAAAGCGAAA